AGAACAUUCGUCCCUUGCUUUCUUGGUUAUCCACUCAAUAAAUCCAUCAUCGUCUCCAAAAAUCUCUUCCAAUAAAACGAAGACAUAAAAAAUAAUAUGGCUAAGCUUUGCACCUUUUACAUGACAGCAUUCCUCCUCCUCCUCAUGCUAACUUGCGCUACUUCCCGGCCGAUGAGUACGCCUUAUCACGACGUUACUCCGAUGGAACACAGUAAGGAUAAAGCAGUAAGGAAAGAUGAAUUGGAGGAUAGAUGUGAAGGUCUUGGAGAAGAAGAAUGUUUGAUGAGAAGAACAUUAGAGGCUCAUCUUGAUUAUAUCUAUACCCAGAGGCAUAAGCAGCCUUAAUUAUAUAGUUUUAAUUUAUUCUUCCCUUUUCUCCUGUAAUUUGAUCUAGAUAUAUAGAAUUUUAGGUUCUGCCACUAAAUUUAGUUAUAUAUGCUGUUAAUUCUUGAGUCAUUUUAUCAUAAUAUAUAUAAUUGAUCAUAAUUUGAUUUG